CUACACCGGAAGUACUACUUUGAAUGUUUUCCUGGACUUUGCGCUGCUGACAGAAGACAAACAGCAGCUGUUUUUGCUGAAUUGCUUCCGUCUUAUUUAGGUUUAUAUUAUAAUAAUGGCUCAGUUUUCUUAGCUUGACUCUGGCGACAGCUUGUUUCCCGCGGCUAGCGUUGUGAAAGCUUGUUAUUAGCAUCUUAAAGCUAACGCUAACCUCAUGAAGUUACCUCAGACGUUUCCUGGUUUUUCUCUGAAUAUAUUUCUAACAGACAGAAGCUGAAUUCACAGCUUAUCCUGAGAAACUGAAAUAAAUCAAAGGCGUUAUACUCGAGGCAAGUGGCUAAAUCUUUCUUCCAGUAAUGUGCCUGUGGAUCUGAACCGAUGGAAACGAAGCUAAGAGCUAACAUUUAGUCAUUUUUAAAAAUGAUUUCAAACCUUUACUACACAUUUAGAGAUUACAUUGAUGCUGGCUUUCAGUGCAUGAGGUGUUGGUGUUGUGUUGGAAGGAGAAGAGGUGAUGUCUGAGGUCAGGGUUGAUCUGAAGGAGCCGGAGGCAGAAGCUGAUGGAGACCAGACUGGAUCUUCUGACCAGAGCAGUGAAGCUUCCAGACUGGACCUGCAGGGGCUGCUCCCUGCAUCCUCUGCAGAUGUUAGUCCUUCUGCUGAGCCGAGCGGCUUGCUGUCGUUGCCGUGGGAGAUCUUAACCCACAUCGCCUCACACCUCCCAGCUCAGUGUGUCAUCACUGUGCUGCCAAAGGUCUGUCAUGCACUCAGUGAUGUGGGUAAUGACAGCACCGCCUGCCAGCUCCGGGCUCAGAGACUCAUCGGACCACGAGCAGCCUUCCCAGUGGGACCAAGGCAGGGCUUCGACUGGCCCACUGCUUGCCUGGAGUUAGAGCAGCUGAUAACCUGCUGGACUCGAGAAGCAGAUCGUGUAGCCAAACAGAAACGAGAAGGUGAGGAGGAGCGGGAGCAAGCGAGGAGGGAAGGAAGAGAUGAUGAAGCAGCCGCAGAAGGACAAGAAGACAACGGAGAGGAUGAGGUGGAAGGGGUGGGAGUGCCGGCGCAGGAGGUGGCUUAUGGUGUCGAUGAAGAGAUGGAGAUGGCGAUAGAAGGGGAGGAUGGUGAAAUGCAGCCAGUCCAAGGCGACGACCAACUAGCAAGACUGAGAGAGGAGUUGGAAGACAGACUGGAGGAUGAUGCAGCAGCACUGAUGGAAGAAGGAAGGGACCCCAGGAGGGUUUUUCCGGCUGAUGAGCUGCAGGAAGCAGUUCUUAAUCACCAGCAGGACCUGGCAGAACCCGAGAAUCUGGGUCACGGAGGGCAGGUAGAGGUGAUGCAGCGUCAGUCCCCCAGAAGUCCCAGCCCUCCCCCAGCGCUGGAGUGCAUCACGCUGCCUUCAGCCCACAUCGCCCAGACCAACGCGGUGCUGUUCCUCGGAGGGGAGGGGAAGGUGUGCGCCACGGCCUCCAGAGACUGGAACGUGAAGCUGUGGGAUCUGCAGGCAGGAACUAACGGAGCGCUCCUGUACACACUGGGAGGCCAGGGGAACUUCAGCACCCAUCGGGGCUGGGUCUGGUGCCUGGCGUCCCGGGGGCCCCUGCUGGCCUCGGGGGGCUUCGACAGCACCGUGAGACUGUGGGACCUCCAGGCCGGCGGUGCAGAGAGAGGCCUGAUCCGAGCCGGAGCUGCUGUCCUCUGCUUGUCCUGUCAGCCGGACGUCUUACUGGCUGGAACCUUCGACAAGAAGGUCAACAUGUACGACCCCAGAGCUCCUGACCCGCUGAUUAAAAGCCUCCGUCUCCACGGUCACGCUGUGAUGUGCCUGGCAGCGGACGACAAAUACAUCAUCUCUGGGAGUAAAGACUCCACCGUGGCCGUGUACGACCGCAGGGCAGGCAGAGGCUUGAAGAAACUCCGGCUGAGCUCCUACCUGAUGUCCAUGAGCUACAGCGGCAGUGAAAUCUGGGGAGGAGACAGCAGCGGGAUGCUCCACUCCUUCUCCAUGCAGGCGGGAACCUUCAAGCCUCUGUCCCAGUUUGACGUGGGACACACAGCUCUGAUCACCGGCAUACAGAAGACACCUGGAAGCCUCUACACCUGCUCGUCUGAUUGGACCAUCAAGGUUCACAUUCCCUGUUCGCCUCCGAGGACGUUGUGCACCCUGCAGCACCAAGCCGCCGUCCACGGGCUGAGCGUGGAGGCUGGAGUCCUCGCCGUGGCCUCGGGUUGCGGAAGUGUGGAGAUCUGGAGGCCCAGGAAGUAAAAAUGGGAAAAACCUGGACACUACAUGACACCACCUGAAGCAUCUCGACACCUGCUGACCUCAGUGAUCCUCCUGCAUCGUCACGUUUAAAUAAAAACGUAGUUAAAGCUGCAGCGUUGGUCGGGUCCUUACAUCCAAGCAUGUCCACCAGGUGGCGCUGCGACUGAUCGCGUGUUUCUGCCUGUGUGUGUGUAUCUGAUGAAGGCCGGACUCUGGUCAUACAUGUAAAGUUAGAGGCAGAUCUUAGCAUGUUCAGGCUAGUUGUUCAUCACUUCCUGUUUCAUGGUGGAGUGUCAAAAUUCUGCCGGCCGCCAUUUUUACACCGUCAGAUGUUUGUGGAGCAUUUUGAGAACUUUUGAUCACCCAUGCCUGGUGGACAUCCUGGACAAAUUUGAGCUCUGUCGGGGUUACCGUGUUUGAGUUUACAGCUUUUGAAAAUGUCCAAAAAUGACCCAAAAACGUCCAAAAUAUGACACGUAAUUCAAAAUGGCCGACUUCCUGUUGUGUUUCGGGCAUGGGUGUCAAUCUCGGACCCUGAAAACAAACAUCUCUGUUGUCCUGCAGACUGGCCGGCCACGUUGACCGAGGCAGAAGAGAUAACUUAUGAAGGUUUUCAGCUGAAGUUUUUGGAAAAUGGCGCUUCCUGUUUAAUUCAACGCUGCUAUUCAGUUUUCUACAUGUUUCCCAAACCUCCUUAAAGCUGUUUAUUUAUACACUACCAUCACAUCUACUCAGCAUCAUCUCAUUUGUGUGUCUCAGUAUACCUCGUGUGCAUUAGUUCUGACAACAUUUCAUGGUGUGGAUGCCGCUGUAAUCCUGAAUCUAUAAAUCGUUUACUUGACAGAUGAAAAACACUGACAGACUGUUUCAGUGGAGGAUGCAUUAAAUCUAGUGAAACUCCA